GAAUUCUGUCAAAUUCUACUUGUCGAAGUCUCUCAAAAGUUCAAGAUUCUUAAAAAAGUACUUAUUUAGAAUAUUUUUUAAUUCCAUUUAAAAUCAAAAUCAUGAGUUUAAUUCCGAGGGUAACGACAAAUCUGUCGCGAGCUAUUUUGAGCGUAAGAAUGUACAGCGGUGAGCCUGGUUCGGGUGCCGGCAAGGGUGGCGGUGGUGGUGGUGCCAUCCGUGAAGCUGGUGGCGCUUUUGGUAAGAUGGAAGCAGCCAGAGAAGACGAAUACUUCUACAAAAAGCAAAAAGAGCAGCUUGCUAACUUGAAGACUCACUUGGACAAGGAGAUCUCCUUCCACGAGGACCAGAUCAAGCGCCACGAAGACGCCAUCCGUAGACACAAAGAAAAAAUGGCUGACAUAGAUCACAAGAACGCAUAAACAGUGUCACAUCCAUUCAGGAUCAGUCGGAAACAUUUUGUCUUGAGUUUUACUCAAUUAUGUUUUAAGAAUGUCAACAUUUUGCUUUUAUUUUGUUUAGUUAUAGAAGGUAAAACCGCAAUUACAUAAUGAUGGCAUUAUUAUA